AUGCAUGAUGAGAUUCAUGUGGUUCUGAAAUUUGCUGCAGGUUUGGUGAGAAACACCGUUCGUUCCGCUUCUUACAAUGUCAUUCUGCAAGUUAUGUUUAGGAUACUCACCUUUAUGAUGAACGGCAUUCUUCUACGCUACACCACAAAAGAUAUGAUCGGAAUUGUGAAUGUGCGAUUGAUGCUUCUGAACCAAACUAUCGUGUUUGUAGCGCGCGAAGCCUUCCGUAAAGCUUGUCUCAGCAAAACCGCAGACAAGAGGUGGGGUCAAGUCAUCAAUCUUCUUUGGUGUGUAUCCCCGCUGGGAGUUCUACUGUCGUCCGUUCUUGGUUAUGUAUGGUUGUAUCUUCUUGAGAUUCCUGAUCCAGUGAAGAUUCCAAAUUAUCCUUUAGCGGUUAUUGUUUUCGCAGCCUGCGGAUCAAUUGAACUCUUGUCCGAGCAACUCUGGGUUGUUGCUCAAGCAUUUGUGUUUUUACGGCUCAAAGUUGUCAUUGAAGGCAUUGCAAACUUUGCCAGAUGUGUCAUUACUCUUGGACUAGUAGUUUUCGUACCAGAUCUUGGGAUCAUUGCAUUUUGCAUUGCACAAAUGGCAUUCUCGCUUUUAUCAAUGGUUCUCUACUAUGUGUACUUCAUAUACUACAUUAACUCUAAUCCUAAAGAGAAACUUACUGCUGCAAACGACUUCCCUCUGAAAUCAGUACGCGAUUUUUUCCCAAAAACUCUAACUGACAGGAGUUUUGUGAGUUUAGGACUGGCUCAUCUGACAUGGAGCUUUUUCAAACAAUCCUUCUUAAAGAAGAUCUUGACAGAAGGUGAACGCUACAUCAUGACACUGUUCAAGGUGUUAACUUUUUCUCAGCAAGGAAUUUAUGAUGUGAUUAACAAUCUUGGCUCACUGGUUGCCAGAUGUGUGUUUAUGCCAAUUGAGGAGAGUUACUACACUUUCUUUGCUCACACCUUGGAAAGAGGGAGCUCAGCUGACCAGCAAUCACCAAAAUCAGCAAAAAUGGCCUCUGAGACACUAGAGGUUGUUCUAAAGUUUGUCGUUUUAGUCGGGUUGAAGUUUUUGGUAUUCAGCUACAGUUACUCCUUCCUGUUAUUAGACAUAUAUGGAGGUGCUACUCUCAGAAGUGGAGAAGGUCCCUCUCUGCUGCAAUGGUAUUGCUUGUAUGUGUUGAUAAUUGCUGUAAACGGCAUGACGGAAUGCUUCAUGUUUGCUGCCAUGAGCAAAGAUGAUGUUGACUCAUAUAAUUACAAGAUGAUGGUAUUCUCAGCAGUGUUCUUAGGGGCGUCCUGGUAUCUCACUGUUCUUGGUAGUGUUGGCUUUGUCAUUGCCAACUGUCUGAACAUGCUCCUUCGGAUUUAUCACAGCCUUAUAUUCAUCCACAACUAUUUCAAGGCAGCCCCUCAUCUUAAACCUUUACAAGGUCUUGUGCCGUCACCUCUAGUGUUAGUGGCAUAUGCUAUCUCCUGGGCU